CUGGAGAUAGUAAAUCCCCUUUCUUCUUACAUGAACUUGCUAGGGACAUCACAUCGGCUGGGCAAAGAAAUAUCAAACUGGUUGCUGAUUUCGUUAAGAGAAAGGGAUUCAGGAUAAAAUAUGGAGAUACUAAUUCUUUAUAUCUAAUCUGUCCAGAAGAAUGCUUUCAGAAGUGUAAUGAGGCUUAUAAUAGUGGCAAUGGAUCUCAAAAGAAGAAUCUUGGUCUUGAAUGGUGGAGAUCUCUAUGGUAG